ACUGGAUCGUCCGGAGGAGCUUGUCGCGCCCGAGCGUCGUGGAGAGGAACUUGAGGUAGUGCGCCACCGAAGGGUGGUAGACGAGCGCGUCGGCAACCAUGGUCAAUGUCAGUUGUUGAGAGAGAUCAGCCUGUCGAUGAGGAUCCAAAGAAAAAAAGACGACGCGAUGGGAUGGGUUGCGACGAUGGAUGAUGGUGGUUGCCCCAGACGAGCAGCGUUCCCAAAUCUGGGGAGCAAUUCGGACUCACAUGCCGAGGUAUUGGUGACCCCACAGGCGAGGAUAAGCACCUCAGCGAUGGAGGGCGUCGCCGAGCAUUGCCAGCCGUGGCACUUCCUCCCGGCGGGAAGGCCGACGACGGCGCACGUGAACAAUGGGCGCCUGAGGCAUCAUAUUUCAGCCACAGCCAGCACUAGCCACACGGGAGAACUGAGAGCCGCCUCGAGAUUCAGACCUUCGGAUCAGUCAAAAGUCAGGGCUCCACGAAGAUGCAUCUCGCUAUUGCAUAGCCGAGCUGGUCGGGUGUGGAGAAGAAUCGAACGUACCCCGAAUUCCCAUGACAAGGCCGGACCUGUUGUCACUUGUCGAUGGAGGACGAGCCCUUCCGCCGACCCGGGAUAUUCUCUUGCCCACCCGACAAUUGGGUGCCAAAGGCAGUUUCUCCGACGACAAUGGGCGAUGAUAACCGCCAGAUGUGUCACGAUGCAGUCUAGAGGCGUCUUUCGGCGCGCGCAUCUGGAGACAGCGCGCGUGGGGUGCCCUGAUCGUCCCGGACCCGGGGAGCAAGCAGAGGGUGAUGCUCGGGGUAGGCGCCGCGAGAUGUGCCCAUUGAUUUAAACACUACCGGCCCGCCCAGUCGUCAUGGCUGACUCUUCUCCAUCUUUCGGUUCAUUCUUUAUAAAUACGGCUCGAAGCCUCUGCAUUUAUUACUCUGGAUUCUGUCUCGUGACAGCUAUUACCCCGCGUGCCCCUCAUCGUGAUACUUUCGCGCCCUCGAUUUCAUCAUAAGCCAAAGUUGACCAAGAGGAAUUCCGUUGCGAUUUCUACAAAGCACCUCUCUCCGACACACAAGACAAAAACAUACCACCGGCACAAUGUCAGGCAGCAUGGGCGAGACCGAAAAGGU